AGGACCUUUUCAACUUUACUAUUUUUAAGUGUGCAAAGCUGUAAUUCAUACAAUUAUAGCUCUUAUUCAGGAAAUUAAAGAUUGAAAUAGCCAAUGUCUAAUAAUAGACGAGGAAAUGCAAGCUAUAAAGGGAUCAGAAACUUGAAUCUUUGAAACAUCCCAUCCCAAUCCCAGAAAUUAGGAAGACAGAAAGAGCUUCCUGAUAUUGGGAUUGAAAUGGAAGGGUUUCAAUCUCUUUCAAUAGCAUUUUUGGUGUGUGUGAUUGUGUCUAAUCACAUGGUAGUUGAUGCCAUGACGUCAAAAAACAUGGCCCUAUUCUGGGGAAAUAGUCAGUCCAAAAUAGAAGGGGAUGACCUUCAGCUUGUUCUGGACCAAAGCUCAGGCUCGGGAGCAAAGUCAAAGAGAUAUUUCCUUUUUGGAAGCUUUGAAGCUCAGAUCAAGUUCGUUCCAGGAGAUUCUGCGGGAUUAGUAACGGCAUUUUAUCUAUCUUCUGAAGGUAGCCAUCAUGAUGAGGUAGACUUUGAGUUCUUGGGGAAUGCCACUGGAGAGCCUUAUACCAUUCAUACAAACAUAUUCGUUCAGGGUGUGGGACACAGAGAACAGCAGUUUCGACCGUGGUUCGACCCAACUGCUGAUUUCCACAACUACACAAUUCACUGGAAUCCUAAUGCUGUUGUGUGGUAUAUUGAUAGUAUUCCAAUUAGAGUUUUCCGGAACUACGAGAACGCCCCGAAGCUAAAAACAGCUUUCCCUAACAAGCAAGGUAUGAGGUUAUAUACCAGUUUGUGGAAUGCACAGGAUUGGGCAACUCAAGGAGGGCGCGUGAAAACCAACUGGUCCUAUGCACCGUUCACGGCUAGAUUUCGCCGCUUUAGGCUAAGAGCUUGUCCCUGGAAUGGAGCGCUCAGCAUUAGCCAAUGUUCCUCCAACUCCCCUACAAACUGGUGGACUUCUCCAGUUUAUGCACAGCUAAGUGCUUCUCAGUCGACCAAACUUAGGGAAAUCCGCCAGAAAUACAUGAUAUAUGAUUACUGCUUAGACCCUACACGUAAACGAUCCAGUGGGGUACUGCCACCAGAAUGUUAUAGACGGCAGUUCUAACACAAAUACAAGCAUGACUACCAGCAAUAACAAUAUCACACUCACACUCAGUUGUGUACCAAAAAUGCUAUUUUUUCCUUCUUUGAGAGAAACCCUGUUUGCAAGUUCGUAGCUUUAUGAUUGGUUUCGAUGUACCGUUCUUACUAUUUUCAAAAAUGGAUAAAUGGAUACAUGUUUCAUA